AUGCGUGGAAUCAAAGUGUCAUCCUUCUUGAGAGCCGGAUCUUGGACGUUGGAUGUGAUUGAGCAAUUGUUCAGUCGGCCGGCGCUCCGCUCCUACUUGGUCGAGUUUAUCUCCACCUUCGUCUUUGUCUUCGCCGGUGUCGGCUCUGCAACUUCCGCCGGUAAAUUGAUGGCGUCGGAUGCCACGUUAGCCGGAGCAUCUCUCGUGGCAAUAGCUUUGGCUCAUGGAUUCGCCCAGGCUGCGGCUGUGUACGUGGCUGGAGACGUCUCUGGCAGCCACAUCAAUCCAGCUGUCAUAUUCGGAUUUGUCCUCGGAGGCCACAUUGGUUUACUUACGGGGGUAAUUCCUCCGCACGGGUUGGAUCCGGAAAUGACGGGUCUGCGUGGCAUGGUUACGGAAUGCAUUGCCACGUUUGCUCUCGUGUACUGCGAGGGGGAGGUUAGAACCGUUAAUGACGGUUAUCAAAAUUUAAAAAGGAAGAAGUAUAAAACCAAACUUAAUAAUUUGUGUUAA